AUGGCUCUCAAUCCGUCUGACGGCUUCGCCGCCGGCAACGCGGUGCUCGACCUGGAAGAUGCCGCGUUGCCCAUGUUCAUUGUCGAGCGAGUUCAACUGCAGUUCUCCAUCGCUGCCGAUUUCGUUGCCGCCCAGGUCGCGAACAACGUCCUUGUCCUGGCUCUUUCCAACGGUCGCAUCCUGCGUAUAGAUCUGAACAGGCCUGAGGACAUUGAUGACAUCGACCUGCCCAAGAAACCCGCAGAAAUCGGCGUCAUCCGCCGUAUGUUUCUCGACCCUACAGCCUCUCAUCUCCUAAUCUGCACGGCGCUCGGCGAGAACUAUUAUCUUCACUCCCAGCAUAAGCACCCGAAAACCCUCGCCCGCCUCCGCGGCGUCUCAAUCGAGAGUGUUGCCUGGAACCCCUCACUCCCGACGGCCUCGACCCGCGAGAUCCUUCUCGGCGCCUCCGACGGCAAUAUUUACGAGGCCUUUAUCGAAACAACCUCAGAGUUCUACAAAAAAGACAUUAAGCUCAAGAAUCUACACAAGUUGCCUGAUGGGCCGAUUACAGGCUUGUGGGCGGACACGCUUCCGGGUCGGCCAGACAUGCGCCGGGUGCUGAUUGCGACGCAUAGCCGGCUCUUCCACCUAGCUGGAAAGGUUGGCAGUGGCCACGAAAGUGGAGGUUCAAUUUACACGAAGCUCUUCGAGUCGGAGCAGCCUACAAUUCACGAGCUGUCGCGCUCGUCCGCCACAGCAGCUUCGGCGCUGGUGGUCUCGCCCGACCCUCCCGACCAGAAUCCAUACGAGAACGAAGCACAUGAGAGAGCCUAUGCUUGGCUGUCCGCACAAGGAGUUUUCCACGGGCAACUUGCUUCGAGUGCAGAAGGCAGCAAGAUUUUUAGCGAAUCAAGCAUGCUGCCAAGAUCACAGCUCGGCUUGUCUGACGGGCCAGGCAAACGCAACAACGCAGGGGAUUAUAUCGAAGCGAUAGCGCUGACGCAAUGGCAUAUUGUCAGCCUCAUUGGUGGCCGCGUGGUCGCCACGAAUCGUUUGACUGGGGAAGUGGUCUAUGACCAAAUUGUUUUGGAGCCUGGGCAAAAGGCAGUGAGCCUGAGUGUUGACUUACAAAAGAAUACAUUUUGGUUGUUCACCGGCCAAGAAAUCUUUGAGGUCGUCGUUAACGACGAGGACCGAAAUAUCUGGCAGAUUAUGCUCAGACUGCAACAGUUCGACUCGGCUCUGCAGCACGCUAAAACACCCGUUCAGAGGGAAACCGUGGCCACGUCAUACGGCGACUAUCUCGUCAAAAAGAAGCAGUACAUGGAGGCGGCAGCAGUAUACGGCCGGAGCAACAAGCCGUUCGAAGAGGUAGCGCUGACCUUUAUCGACAAUGCCGAGCCCGAUGCUUUACGGAAAUACCUUUUGGCCAAGUUGGCUACUCUGAAGAAGGCUGCUAUAAUGCAGAGGAUCAUGAUUGCUAGUUGGUUGGUAGAGAUUUUUAUGGCGAAGCUCAACUCGUUGGACGACACAAUUAUCACACAGGCCGAGUUGGCGGAUGGGCUAAACCCAGCACAGUCAAAGGAGCAGCUGCAAGCUGUCCAGGGCGAGUUCCAAGAGUUCGUCAACAAGUACAAGUCCGAUCUCGACCGACGGACAGUAUACGAUGUCAUUAGCAGCCACGGCCGCGAGCAGGAGCUGCUGCAUUUUGCCAACGCUGUCAACGACUACAACUACGUUCUUUCGUACUGGGUCCAGCGUGAGAGGUGGGACGAGGUGCUGAAGGUGCUGAAGAAGCAGACCGACCCAGAGGUGUUCUACAGGUACAGCACCGUUCUUUUGACACACGUCGCUUCGGACCUGGUUGAGAUACUUAUGCGCCAUUCGGACCUGAAGCCUCGGAAGUUGAUUCCGGCGCUGCUUGAGUACAACCGCAACUUUGAGGGUAGCUUGCUGCAGAAUCAGGCUAUUCGGUACCUCCAGUACGUUAUCAACCAGCUCAAUUCGAAGGAUUCCGCAGUACACAACACACUUAUCUCCAUAUACGCAUCACACAAUUCCAAGGAUGAGGCAGGCCUGUUGUCGUAUCUCGAGUCGCAGGGGGUUGAGCCAAGCUACGACCCGGACUUUGCUCUCCGUUUGUGCAUUCAGCACCACAGGACGCUUUCCUGCGUUCACAUCUACACCAGCAUGGGCCAGUACCUGCAGGCCGUCGACUUGGCUCUGUCGCACAACGAAGUAGACUUGGCAUCGGUCAUUGCAGAUCGGCCCAUGAAUGACUCACCUCUGCGGAAGAAGCUGUGGCUCGCUGUAGCCCGCAAGGUGAUUUCGCAGUCAAACGGCAUCAAGACGGCCAUCGACUUCCUCAAGCGAUGUGAGCUGCUCAAGAUCGAGGACCUUAUUCCCUUCUUCCCUGAUUUCGUGGUCAUCGACGACUUCAAGGAGGAGAUUUGCACGGCGCUAGAGGACUACAGCCGCAACAUUGACACGCUGAAGAAGGAGAUGGACGAAUCUUCUCAGACGGCGACUAAUAUCAAGAUCGAUAUUGCUGCGCUGGACCACCGAUAUGCAAUUGUCGAGCCGGGCGAGAAGUGCUAUGUUUGCGGGUUGCCACUACUCAGCCGGCAAUUUUUCGUAUUCCCUUGUCAGCACUCGUUCCAUUCCGAUUGUCUGGGCAAGAGGGUGCUUGAACAGGCUGGCGUGGGCACGGGUAAGAGAAUCCGCGAGCUUCAAGUUCAAAUUAGCAAGGGACUGGUCAGCGGGACCAAGCGGGAGGCCAUGAUUACAGAGUUGGAUUCGUUGGUGGCGUCUGCGUGUAUUCUUUGCAGCGAAUUCGCCAUCAAGAGGAUCAAUGAGCCGUUUGUUACGCCGCAGGAUAACCUGAAUGAAUGGAAGAUUUAG